CACACGACCACACUCCCUCUCUUCUCCCUGUAAUCUCGAUUCGGGCUGCCCGUGUCGCGACAAUGCUGUCGAGAUUCGCACCGCGCGCAUUGGCCGCGCCAGCCCGCAGCAAUGCCCUCAGAUUUACUCCGGCUGUGAGAACGGUGACCACCGAUGCCGCGAGCAGUCACGUUGACAAGAGCGAUGUGCCAGCAGAAGAUGACAAGCCCUUCACCGUACGCAUUUCCGAUGAGGCAUUCGAGACGUACGAGCUGGAUCCUCCAUCAUACACUCUCGAUACCACCAAGAAGGAGCUGAAGCAGAUGUACUAUGAUAUGGUUGCCGUGCGCCGAAUGGAAAUGGCCGCCGAUCGAUUGUACAAGGAGAAGAAGAUUCGAGGUUUCUGCCAUCUUUCAACUGGCCAAGAAGCUGUCGCAGUUGGUAUUGAGCACGCAAUCACCAAACAGGACCACCUCAUUACCGCAUACCGAUGCCACGGUUUCGCCAUGAUGCGCGGAGGCACCGUCCGAUCGAUCAUCGGUGAGCUGCUCGGCAGAAGAGAGGGUAUCGCCUACGGAAAGGGUGGUUCCAUGCACAUGUUCUCGACUGGUUUCUACGGUGGAAACGGUAUCGUCGGUGCUCAAGUGCCUGUUGGCGCAGGCAUUGCCUUUGCCAACAAGUACGAAGACAAGAAGAACGUGACCCUGGCUCUCUACGGUGACGGUGCCAGCAACCAGGGUCAGAUUGCGGAAGCAUACAACAUGGCCAAGCUGUGGAACCUGCCUGUUAUCUUCGGUUGUGAGAACAACAAGUACGGUAUGGGUACUGCCGCAAACCGUGCCGCUGCCUUGACCGACUACUACAAGCGUGGUCAAUACAUCCCAGGUCUCAAGAUCAACGGCAUGGAUGUCCUCGCUGUCAAGGCUGCUGUCCAGCACGGAAAGCAGUGGUGCGCUGAAGGCAACGGUCCACUUGUCCACGAAUACGUUACAUACAGAUACGGAGGUCACUCCAUGUCCGACCCAGGUACCACCUACAGAACUCGUGAGGAAAUCCAGCGCAUGCGAUCUACCAAUGACCCAAUUGCCGGCCUUAAGCAGAAGCUUAUUGAGUGGGAGGUCACGACUGAGGAGGAGCUCAAGGGCAUUGACAAGCAGGCCCGAAGCUUUGUCGAUGAGGAGGUCGCUGCUGCCGAAGCCAUGCCAGAGCCAGACGCGACACCAGAGGUGCUUUUCGAGGACAUUUACGUCCGCGGUUCAGAGCCACAAUUCCUGCGAGGACGAAUUCCAGAGGAGAAUUACUACUACCCACAGAGGGAACUUCAGGUACCAAAGAGCCCGGCACAGACAUUGGAGCCAGGCGGAAGCUCCCUUUAGAGAGAAGGAGCAUUGAGCAUUAGAUUUAGGCGAUUUUAAAGGAUGGAAUUCUCGGGCUUUGCUUGCAGGAAGGCGAGGCGCUGGGAAUUGUGUAUCUGUCUGCUAUGGCUAGCGAAGGCCUUCGACUUGCAUGCAUUGUAUAUUGAUUCUCGAAGCAUCCGAGACCAGAAUCUCAUAUGUACUCCACACGAGCGAGCUUGUCAG